AUUGAGGAAGUGGCAGUGUACCAUAGCGGAAAUCACAAUAAUUGAGACAAUAACGGACACUAUCAGCAUCCAGCCAUGCAGCCACCACCCAGAAAGGUAAAGGAGAGCCAGCAGGUGAAACUGGUGUUCUCAGAGCAGCUCAGCAAAUUGCAGACAAAACAACAUCAGGACAGUGAACUGCUGGAGGAGAUCAGGUCCUUCAGUAAGCAACGGGCAGCUAUAGAAAAAGAGUAUGGUCAGGCUCUUCAGAGGUUAGCUGUCCAGUACCAGAAAAGAGACUGGCAAAGAGGAAAUACAGAUGCUAUCACUUCUGGGAGUGUGUUUGGUGUAUGGCGGUCAGUGGUAGAUGCUACAGCUCAGUCUGCUGCAUCACGACUUGCUGCUGCAGAGGAAUACCGUCGACUGAUUGGACACGCCUUCACAAGUCUUCGCAAUGUGAAGGACAUCAAAGCUAAGAGAGGCCUGGAUCGGCUCCAGAUGGUACAGGGGGAAGUGGUGGAUGCUCUGCGGGAGCUGCACAGGAUCAAGAAGAGCUACCACCAACUUAGUCACAUCGCCAAUGUUGCCAGAGAGAAAGCUGCUGAUGCACAGAAAAGAGCAAGAAAGAGUGAGCAUGGGAUUUUCCACUUUAAAACUGGACUACAUAAAAUGGCCGCUAAGCUCAGCGCCAGGUUGAGAGAGUGUGACGACCAUUUGACUGAAGUUCGUAAUGAGUACCUACUGGCGUUAGCAGCAGUCAAUGCCCAUCAACAACACUACUAUGCUAAUGACUUACCACGUAUUAUGGAGCAAAUGGACGGUGAUGUUUAUGAUGAUUUGAGAAGCCAUUUUACCCUGCUGUGUGAGACAGAAAUGAAUACCUGUCUGGCCACACAUAAACAGUACAGCAGGAUAUGCGAGAGUGUUACUAAGGUGACCAGAGAGAGAAAUGUUCUUCUGUUUCUUCAAGAAUCUGUCUCCUUCAGCAAAACACCUGAAUUCACCUUUCAGCCAGCUCCACUAGACAAGGUGUCUGCUCUACAGGAGGUUUGUGUUUCAGAAGCAGAGGGAUAUCUGGUUAAGGAGGCCAAGAAAUGGGCUACAAAAGCUGCUAAAGACUACAAGAUUGUCACCCAUGGAGAGAGGGCCCUACAGAUGUUAAAGGGUAGGUUGAAGCUCUUGUCAGGGGAGACGGAGCUCAGUGUGGAGCAGAAGAUAGCAGAGGUGCAGGACAGCUUCAGGAAAGCCAAGCUCAGCAGGGUGAAGGCAGAGGCCCGUUUGGCUCUGUUGUCAGACAGUGUCACAGGAAUUGAACUGGUACUUCACAAUGCUAUGAACCAGGCAGAGGAGGAGCUGGAGAGAGAGAGAUGCCUCAGUGAACAGAGGAAGUCUACUGAGGACUUUUCAGAAGAUGAGUUUGAGCUGACUGACUUUGAGGACUACGAUGAUGAGAACGGAGACAUCUUUGCAGAUCCAGUGUCAGCAUCUGGAGUGUGUAUUUACCCUGCAACCUGCAGAGUUAUCUAUAGCUAUCAGGCUAGCCAGUCAGAUGAGCUGUCAAUCAUGGAAGGGGAGGAGCUUCAAGUGAUUGAGGAUGGAGACAUGGAGGACUGGCUGAAGGUGUGUAACUCGUUUGGUCAGGUGGGAUAUGUUCCUGAGUGUUAUGUGCAGUUUCUGUGUCUACCAGCAGAGGACACCACUCAGCUGGACAAUUCUUUCAGCUCCACCUCAUCCACUUGGAAUAAAGAGAGGGCAAGGAGCAGAGGUGUAGCCAGAGCUCUGUACUCCUACCAGGCCCAGACUGCAGAAGAGCUUUCCUUCCAGGAAGGGGCACUAAUCCACCUUAUCAGGUGUCCACACGGAGAGGUGGAUGAUGGUUUUUGGGAGGGGGAGCUGAAUGGACGGAUCGGUGUCUUCCCAUCUUUGGUGGUAGAGCUUGUCCAUGAUGAAGUGGAGGAGGAACCUCUCCCCACCCCAACAAUGCCUCCCUUCUCUCCCCCCAUCCCAAUCCCUUCGAACCCUGGCUGUAGUUCAGCACUUAGUGCUACUACUCCCUCUAGCUGUGUGGAGGACAAACAGCAGGUUUUUCCUCCAAGGCUUGCAGUUGACACAAUAGAAACUGGAGGCAGCAGCCACAAUUCUCCAGAUCUCUCCAGCAGUCGACUAAGACCAUGUCGAGCGCCUCCUCCUCCUCCAACACAGAAGCCUUCACCUCAGGCUGAGACAAAGACUGGAGUCGCUGUCAAGGUUCACAAGAAUUGUUAGGACCAAAGGAACACUGGUUUUGUUCCUUUUUUUGUAGUUUUCAAUACAUAACUUUUAUUUGUUUGCAAGCAUUUGUUCAGUUUUCCCAUUGGUCAGCUUAGUUGAUAGGUGAUGUAAACUUACAGCAGCUUGUUCACGUAUCCUUUAUGUGAUACGUGAACAGUGGAACUAACCUCCAUAAAAGCAGUAAACUGUAGUUGCUUAUACAACUAAGUGCACCAGCAUUCAGCAUAACAGGUAAGUAUGUAAAACAUGAAAUACUGCAGUUCUAACUAAAAGAAAGUGUAAAACCUAUUUACAUGUUCUUUAUAAAUACUUAUUUGUAAAUGUCUUGCAAUGAAUUGCCAAACACUGUUUAAAGUAAUAUUUAGAGAAUAGUAACGUAUUUGUCGUUUAAAGAAAACCUGUAGAAUACACCAGUGAUAGUCUCCUUUUUGUACAAACAUUACCACAAAUAAUUGAAUAAUAUAUUGUAUUAUAUUUUUACCAGUAAAAGUGGAUAACAUUUUUAUUUAUAUUCCAUCUCUACAGAGAUAAGUAUUAUUUUGCAUUUUAGUCAAAUUAAACUAUUUAAAGGUGGGGUAUUCUGGAGUAAUCCAGUACCAAGUCAUUUAACGUUACACACAACACACAAAUCGUGGCUGGCAUGGCUGGAAUAGAAUAGAAUUGUCUGGCCAGUCCACUUUGUUUAUUUCUUAUUUACAGAGCCAGGGCUGUGUACAAACACUGGAUUUUUUUUCAGCGCAUACACUGAACAGACAGCUAUCAGACCUUUUAGGAGAUAUUUGCUGAAUUUGACAAAAAGAUGUGUAUUGGCUUACAAUUGCAUACCCCACCUUUAAUCUGUUGCAAAAUAUAAUUUAAUUUAGAAUUUCCCUGUUUUGUAUUUUUGUUUUUGUACUGUAUUUUAUAAUUAUAAAGAUUUAAUUAAAUUAAUCUUAUUGGGGAGGUUCUCUGUGCAUUUUACCGAUAGUAUUUGUAGUAAUAGUAUAAUGGCUGUUUCUAUAUCAUGCUGGUAUGAUAUACUGUUCAUUGCUACCUGGGUCAUUGACUGAUGUCAUGUCGACAAAACACACACUCACACAGGUUUGAAAAGCAUAGUUCUGGUAUUUUAUUUCAUUAGAGUAAAUUAUGAUACAUCUGCAUACAAGUCUUUCAUAUCACCAGCAUGUGUGUUAUACUGUACAUAUAUUCCAGGCCCUGCUCUUGAGGACAUUAUACAUCUCUCAAAAUGUAUUACAAACCCCUUGAUUUGAUCAAGCUUUUUGAUCAAAUCUGAGGAUUUAUAGUGAUCAUGGAUCAUGGAAGAAUUAUGAAUUUAGAGGCUUUUUAGCUUUUGCAGUUUUCAGUGGUGAUUUCAAUUUUUUUGCGUUUAUCAUAAACUAUUUUCUCUACAUCAAAAGCCAACAACAUGAUUCAUAUAUUGUAAGCUUUUAUUGGUCCCAUUGUCAAAAAACAAACAAAACAAAUCAUUAUGUUUUUUCAUGAGCCACACAAAUACCAAUGUUGGUGUUGCUAUGUCUCUCUUAGCUGAACUGGAUUUGUCCUUCUUGUUAAUAUUAAUACAUUCAUACUGUUGCUGGUUUGUAAACCCUUAGGCUGAUUGUGACUGGGCCUUUAAGAGGCAGGUAUCCUGCCUAAGACUUCACAUACACACAUGUAGGAAGUUUUGAAAUAUUAAUGUACAACAAUGCAUCUGCAAUGUGUAUACCACAGUGGAUCUUUUACUAACUAAAAUGCGCUGCAUAUAAUUUCCUAAUAAUAAUAAAGUCACAUUCAUUCUCUGGAAAUUCACAAUAAGGCCUUUAGCUGAUGAAUGUUGCUUUAUCUUUAAGUUUGCUUUAUUUUCUGAAUUAGUUUCAAAGAAAUUUAGUUGGUAACAAUAUCUCCUGACUACUGGGCCCCACCCAGUAGUUUUAAGAUUAAAAAAAAAAAAGAUUUCCAAUGCAAGUCAGCUUGUG